AUGGCUUAUUUAAACGUGACAGUAUUUGAUAAAAAUGUUGUUCAUUCUCUGACUAAUGAAAUCGAAAACUCAUCAUCACCAGAAUGUAAUACUAAUGCCAUGUUCCCUACUAAAAUAAAGUACAUUUUCGAGGAAGACGAGAAAGAACAAGAGGGAGAAGGAAGAGACCAAAAUAUCGAGGAAGGGCGUACACCUGGUUCUGGAACAAAAAUUGAUAAAGCUAUAUUAGGUACUAGUGUUUCUAAGAGUGGAAAUGAUGAGAUAGAGAAUGUCAUUAUCAUUGAUUUGAAUGAAGAUAGAACCAUUCAAAACAUUUCAUUAAUUAGUGAUAAUUAUGAAAUUUUAGACUACAGCAAGGAACAAGAAUCAAAGGAUUCUAGACAUGAGUUUUUUAGUGAUGACAUAGAACUGAAUGUUCUUUCAAAAUUCUGCGACCUGGAGCCAUAUACAAAAGACGUGCCGCUGGAUGACAUGGUUAAUCUUUAUAGGAAACAAACUGAACAACUUCAAAUAUUAUCAGACAAUAUAUGA